GCCAUGAAUCCCUAUGUCAACUGCUCCAGUUCUGAGUUCCCCCUGCCCCAGCAAGACUUCCCUGUGGAGCCCAUCAGCCCUGAUCUCAGCAACAGGACUCAACCAGAGACUUUGUUCGACCCUAAGGAUGCCAACCUGACAGAGGAGCAGCUGCGGGAUAAGUACCUGGGACCUCGACGGUCCAACUUCUUUGUCCCAGUCUGUGUCGUUUACCUGCUGAUCUUCUUGGUGGGGGCUGUGGGCAACACGCUCACCUGCAUUGUCAUCCUCCGGCACCGGUUCAUGAGGACGCCCACCAACUACUACCUGUUCAGCCUGGCCAUGUCCGACCUGCUGGUGCUGCUGCUGGGGAUGCCACUGGAGCUGUACGACAUGUGGAGCAACUACCCCUUCCUGCUGGGGGCCAGCGGCUGCUAUUUCAAGACGCUGCUCUUUGAGGCUGUCUGCUUCGCCUCCAUCCUCAACGUCACAGCUCUGAGCGUGGAGCGCUACAUCGCUGUGGUGCACCCACUCAAAGCCAAGUACAUGGUGACCAGGAACCAUGCCAAGAGGGUCAUUGUCACCAUCUGGGUCUUGUCAGUCAUCUGCUCCAUCCCCAACACCAGCCUCCAUGGGCUGCAGCCUCUCUAUGUGCCAGGGCGGGGGCGAGUGCCCGAUUCAGAGAUCUGCACCCUGGUGAAACCACGAUUGACCUACAAUCUCAUCAUCCAGGUCACCACCAUCAUCUUCUUCUUCCUGCCCAUGGGGACCAUCAGUGUCCUCUACCUUCUUAUUGGCCUGCAGCUCAAGAAAGAAAAGAUGCUGGAAGCCUUGGGAGCCAAGACCGGCAGCAGCUGUAACUGCCACAACACUCAGGGGCAGAAGAAAGUCAAGAGGAGGCAGGUCACCAAGAUGCUGUUCGUGUUGGUGGUGGUGUUUGGGAUCUGCUGGGCCCCCUUCCACACCGACCGCCUUGUCUGGAGUUUUGUCUCCACCUGGACCACCAACAUGCUCCACAUGUUCCAGUAUGUCCACAUCAUCUCAGGUGUCUUCUUCUACCUGAGCUCGGCCGCCAACCCCAUCCUCUACAACCUGAUGUCCACCCGCUUCCGGGAGAUGUUCAAGGAGGUGAUGUGCCGCUCCGGGCACCGCGCGCCGUGGGCACAGAAGUACUCGCCCAGCAUCACCCGCACCACCACCCGCAGCACCGAGUGCGAGCCCGUGCCCGGCACCAACGGGCUGCCCCUCUCUGACGCCGAGGAGUAUGAGCUGGAGGACAUGGAGAGGGGCCAGGCCACCACCCACACAAUGUCCCUCUGCUGA